AUGCUCUAUUAUACUUCCUUGCCUCCCUAUCCAGCUCCGACGACAAUUUUCCAAACCAUGACAAUCGAGCCAAAUGACGAUUCUGAAAACAUCUUAGGAUGGAUAGAUGGAUCUUCGAACUUAUCUACGUUUUCUGAUGAUCCAUUUGAAGCCGGGGAUUUUUGUGGCGAUUCGUGGUGGCUGCACUGUCCAAGUCUACAACACGAAUCCAUUGACAGCACCAUUCCUGCUACCACAACCCCUGCCGACUUACUAAUUUCUGAUCAACAACUAUCUUCUGACUUACCAAAGAAACGUAAAGUACCAGAUAAUUCGAGUCCUAUAUCAUCACAAAGCUCCCGGAAGAACCACAACCGGCAGAUCAAUAACGCUGAUGAUGGGUUUGCAAUUGCCGAACAUGGGGAGGUAUCCAGAAAAUCAACUGGGAGCAAAAAGGCAACCAAGAAAGCAGGUGGAAAUAACUGUAACAAUGGUGACAAAGAUUGCAGGUGGGCAGAACAUCUGCUCAAUCCCUGUGCUGCUGCCAUCACCGCUCGAAAUCCAUCCCGCGUUGAGCACUUCUUGCACGUGCUGCGUGACCUGUCAUCCCUUGAAGGUGAUGCUAACCAACGGCUAGCUGCUCAUGGCCUCCACGCCUUGAUACACUACCUCUCUUCCCCUGGCAUCUCCUCUGCUUCAGCAGGUGGUAGUACUUUUUCUUCUAGCAACUCGAAAUUCUUCAAGGAUUCGUUGAUCAAAUUCAAUGACAUAAGUCCCUGGUUCCGGAUCCCAAACAACGUUGCCAAUACUUCAAUACUCCAAAUCCUCACAGGACAGGUUCGACCAAGUAAUCUUCAUAUCCUUGAUAUAGGAGUAUCUCAUGGCGUUCAAUGGCCAACGCUCCUUGUAGAUUUAUCUCGUCGAUCAGGUGGUCCGCCUCCCUUGGUCCGGCUGACCGUUGUUACCCCUAGCAUUGACAGUGAUCAGUUGAGAAGCACUCCAUUUGCAAAUGGCCCGCCAAAUUACGACUUCUCCUCCCAUCUCCUUGCUUUUGCUAAGUCCAACUACAUCAAUUUACAGAUCAACAAAUUGGAGAAUAUCCCAUUGCAGAAUCUGAAUUCCCAGUUGAUUAACUCCUCAGAAGAAACCUUGAUAAUCUGUGCACAAUUUAGCCUGCACAACCUAAACCAUAGUACUCCUGAUGAAAGAACAGCAUUUCUAAAAAUACUGAAGAGUUUGGAUCCCAAAGGCGUGAUUGUAAGUGAAAAUAACAUAGAUUGUAGCUGCAAAAACUGUGGGGAUUUUGCAACUGGAUUAUCGAGGCGAGUGGAAUACUUGUGGAGGUUCUUGGACUCAACGAGUGUUGCAUACAAAGGACGAGAAAGCGAGGAAAGAAGGAUGAUGGAAGCAGAGGCAGCAAAGGCACUGAUAAACACAGGUGAAAUGAAUGAAAGAAAAGAGAAAUGGUGCGAGCGAAUGAGAAGUGCUGGAUUCAUUGGGGAAGUGUUCGGACAGGAGACUAUUGAUGGAGCUAAGUCAUUGCUGAGGAAGUACGACAACAAUUGGGAGAUUAGAGUAGAAGAGAAAGAUGUGUGUAUGAACCUGUAUUGGAAAGGACAGCCGGUUUCGUUUUGCUCAUUGUGGAAGAUAGAUGUGCAAGUGAAUGAUGACUAA